AUGAAAUGGAUCCUUCUCUGUUCCAUCUCUUUUUCCUCCUCCUUGAGGAUACCGAUGGGAAAGCGGGUCCUUUCCUCGUCUUCUGGCGGGUGCGGGAGUCGCGGGAAAAUGGCAAUCGAAAUGGCCGCUCGGGACGGGGAGUUCAGGGUUUUUGUCGUCGCUGGAGAGGUCUCAGGGGAUUCCAUAGCCGCCCGCCUUAUGAAUUCCCUCAGGCGGCUGUCUCCUUUUCCCGUUCGUUUUUCUGGUGUUGGAGGGUAAGUGAGUUAUUCGAUUUUCGCUCGUUCGUUACGUCCAGUUUACAUCUUAACUACAGAGCAUAUAUAUGAGUAGCUGUCUUAGACAGAAAGUUUGAGCAUUCACCCUUUUUCGUUCAUCUUUUAUUUGAGGAGGUUUUCGUUUCUUCUUGUAUCUCGGUGUCUUUUGUGAUAAGCUUAAGCCUAUAGCUCUCUCAUUGGUUUGCAGCUGUGUUAGUCCUAUCUGCUGCUGAAUGCUUGGACUUUAAUCGCAUUUGUCAAGAUGUUCCUGUUCAUUGACAUGCAGACUUCCUAAGAGCAAUCUUUAACUAUUCAGAGAUUUUCUUUCCACGAUACCACGGUUGAUUUCAUACUUUGCUCACAUGUGUACGGCUUUUUUAUUUUUUCUUUUUCUGGCUAGGACUUUGAUGCGCAAGGAAGGCCUGAAGUCGUUGUUUCCAAUGGAGGAUAUUGCAGUUAUGGGAAUAUGGGAGCUUUUACCGCAUCUGAGAAAGCUUAGGGUGAUCUUAUGUUUAACGUAAUUCAUUCUGUACAUGACAUCCACAUAAUUCAGCUUUUUUACUGCUUUCUUAAUUCUUAAAUUUUUGUCUAUGGCAGAUGAAACUGAAUGAAACGGUGGAAGCUUCAGUAUUGUUUCAGCCUCAUGUUGUUCUGACAGUGGACUCAAAGGGGUUCUCUUUCCGUUUGCAUAGGAAGCUUAGAGGUAGAGCGGCCCUCAUUUCCUCGUCACCUUUUGCUUUUCAUCUUUAGUAUGAUUUAUUUCUCAAGAUUUAUUUGCGGUCUGAUUUGAGGAGUACUAAAUAUCCUAAUUUCUGUUCAGAAAAAUUUCGUAGCCAUCAAGAAGACUGUCCUCUGCAAAUCCAUUACGUAGCACCUUCAUUUUGGGCCUGGAAAGGUGGUGAAAGAAGGCUCAAAAACCUGUCGAGCUUUUUGGAUCAUCUCUUGUGCAUUCUGCCAUUCGAAGAACAAGUUUUCAGAAGAUGUGGAAUAGCUGCUACAUUUGUUGGGCAUCCCAUGUUAGAGGACGAUUUGGAGUUAAAAUCGGUAUAUGAUGAGAACUGUGCAUCUGUUUUCUCGUUGUCUCCUAUCCCUGUAUACUGAUGUGAUCAUUAACUUGCCAGUAGAAGUGCUUAUUUCCUUGCAAAUACUUUAUUUAUUUUUUGAUGAAAGUUAUGAUAAAAAAUAUGCAUGUCAUCUUUGAUGUAUUGAACCAAGAAUUAGGUGAGAUUAGUGCAUUAGUUAUUUCAUUUUAAUUCAUGUUAUUUCUUGCAUCAUGUGAGGGCUGGUUCAACUUGUUGUAUUCAUGGACAAGUCUUGAUAUUCGUUUCAGUUAAUGCGAGAAAUUUCUGUAAUCGUGAAAUGGAUCCAUAUGUUUCGAAGGCCGGAUUUGUUCACAGUGGAAUUGGGUGAAAAGCCAUUGCCAAGUGACGAAGGGGUGGCAUCUUGGACUGAGUAAUAAAUGAGAUUUCUGCACUUUAUUCGAAGACAUGCUCUUUGGACUCGGGAUAUUUCGUAGGCUAGUUGUGGGGAAAGAGCUAGGUCCAUAAUGAAUCUCUUUUUGGUAUCUUGCUGGAGUCUAGUGGGUGCGAAAUUCAUGCUUGCUCAUUUUUAUAAAUAAUUUUUUUCUUCUAAAUGCUAAGUGCUAACUGUGCUUCUACCUGGUAACUAUGGAUUUCAGAGAUUUCAGAGAUUUUUUUGAUGAUGUGUUCUGUUCUUUCUUCGUCUUGAGUUGCACCUGUGGAAUGGAUAUCUACCCAUUUCCUAUUAGUUGAUAUAUUCUUCCGUAUUUUUAUUUUAUCAGUGACACGAGGUGUCCUGGUAAUUGCUUCCUGUAAUCUGCAGAAUUGUAUUAUCUUAGGUUAGCCUACCUGACUUUAUUGAAAAAGGGGGCUUAGUUCCCUAAAAAGAAGGAAUAUCGUGAGAGCAGCCUUUUUUGCUUGGUGAACAGAUUUAUAGAUGUUCAGCGGAUCCACAAAUAAUCCCUCUUGUGCAAUUAUCGUCUGCUCUAUGAUACCAUUCAUCGGCAAUGGUUCAAAAGCUGUGAUCCUUCAGUACUUUUCAUUGAUUUGGAUUGAGAAAAGUUUGAUCCGCCCAUUGUCGCUUUCUACCGAGUUUUAGAGGCGAAUUCAAAGUGUUUCUUGUAUCAUUAGGCAUACGGGCUGAGUAAUUUAAAUGUUUGGAGAUAAUUAAUGGAAUAAAGUCAAUAUUAUUAUAAGUUUUUUGAAUGGGUGCAAAGAAGAAAAAGUGACUGGAAAGAGAUUAAAAACCUAUGCCAAUGUGAGAUUCGUGAGAAUCAAAGAUGCAAAACUUGAAGACAAGGGAGAGGGAGAGACAGUAUGCUAAUUGUCUGUACUCUUGAUAACAAGAAGAGGACCCUGGCAGGGUUUGCAAUAAACCACCCAUAUGUUACCCAUAUAUUACAAAAGGCAUUUUGUAAGAAGCCAGGUACAUAUGGCAACAAACCCCUAUCCUCCCUUCCCCAACUUAAAGGUUUUGGACGAGUGAAAUAUCAAGAUGUUCUCAUGUAAGAAGCAGAAGUGUAUGAGAAACUGAGAUUUGGUUAAGGCAUCAGUGAAUGGCAUAGCUGAACAGACAAAUGAAAAGGGAAUGAUGUCACAUCGACAAAGAUGUCUAGUAUAAUCAAUGCUGGUGUCUCAGGCAAAACCAAGCUGUGUGCAAUUCGAAAGGUAUUUUUUUGUAGUACAUUGGAGUUGGUGUAGCAAUCUGAAUGCCAAAAUCGUUUCAGGAUAUCUUUGUACUUUGUAGUAGGCAGAGAGAGCUACCUGGCUUCGCAGUGGACUGAGAACUAAUGGAUUGCUUCUAGCUUUUUAGGGAAAUUGCACAAUCUCUAAGAAAAAAAUACAGAACCCGGUUUUAUCAUCAUCACGAUCCUGCUAUUCUUCCGAGAUGGUUGCAGAAUAUCACUGAUCAAAGAGCCUUGAUCACCGGAUGAUGAUGAUAAGGUUAUUUGAGGUGCAGAGCAUUGAUUCUUGGAAACGUCGCAAUUAAACCCAUAAUUUCCGUCAGACUUGGCUGGAUAAUUUAAGUCAGAUCUGUCCAGUUCAUUUUUGCCUGGCAUCAGCGUGAUUUAACUCAUUUCUUUGCUGAACUUGGCUUGCUUCCUUUUACUCAAAAUCACUUGUACGAACAUUUUCCUGAUUGGCGAUUCCACUGCAGAUGGGUCUAAGCUAGAUGGAUAAAACUCGGAUCAGUUUAUCUAGUCAAGGCUAUGCGCGACUUCUGGGCUAUUAUUUCCUCUUCUCCUUUUAUAUCAAUGAGGGGAUUUGAAAUCUUGCUGGAUUGCGAUUGGCCCAUUACAGUCUUAUGAGUUUGCCUCUCUAAAAUGUUGAUUUGUAUUGACUGGUUUCACUAUUGUAUAUCAUCGUUAUUACAUUUGCACUUUCUACAACUUUGAAUGGUAUGCAACGCCUAAGGCCAACUUAUUUUUCCUGGUCUUCAUUUGUAAUUUUAAUCCUUCAUUUACUAAAUCUUGUCAGGAAGCAAAGCCUCGGUGUUAUGAACAGGAAGGAAACAGUGAAGGUUUUUUAUCCAGUCAUGGGCUUCCUUCUGGUAGAUUGUCGUCUUUGUGGUACUUAAUUUGUAUGUUUUACAUCAUUGCGACUUCUAUUGCUUGCUUGCUUGUUCUAAAUGUCGCUGUUGUGAUGGCAUUGAAAUAAAAAAAAAAAAUUAAAGAAAGAAAAUGGUUACCAUCAAGACGUCUAUUAUAAUAAAUGUGAAGAAAAUGGAAAACUAGUAUUAUAAUCUGCUUUUUGAUGUGCUCAUUCACGUGCAAAGAGUUCAUUUGAAGAUAUUUAUGUUUCACUUUUAGUCAAAGUCUGUGCCAGUUUUCUUCUAUUCCAAACAUAGACCGUGCUUUUAACAGGAUCUAGAUGCCAAAUAUCCAGAACGAAAAAUUUGUUCCCCAUCUUGGCAAGCCAGUGAUACGCCUAUCUCCACACUAAACAUUACCUCUUAAGCUCCCUACCCUCCACUAUCAUCCUUGCAUAUUCAUCCGUGAUGUCUUGUCCAUCCGCUUCCUCCUCUACCUCUUUCUGAUGGUCUUCUCCUCUCCCCACUUUCUCGUCUACUACAUCUACCCUCCCUGUCUUUUCUCUUCUCUAGUCAUGAGUCCCUGCACUUGUUCCACUACUUACUCUCCUAUUCUAGUACACUGUCUAUCUUCUUCUGUGCUAUUUGCUCUCCGUUUUUCCAAUGGAACACCAUUUUUCCUCUAUGUGUCACAAUCUGGUUUCUCCUAUGUCAUUUUUCCACCCCCUUCAAUUCACCCAUCUUUAAAGGUUCUAGCUUGUGUAUCCUCUCUGUGAAUAACGAAAACCAUAAUUCACUUCUCUGUCGUUCAUCUGCCGGAGUUUCAUCCUUCGGUCCCCCUUUUGUCCCCUACAGUUAUGAGACUGAAAUUAUUAUAAAGAAAGCUAGGUGAUUCAGUUGAGAUGAGGAUGGAAGCAUCGGAGAGAGGCACUGGCUUAGGAGAAGGAGAGGCUUGCCAUCGUCUUCUGUUCCCUUGCCUUCCUUGUCUGCCGGUUACACUCCCCUUUCUGUCAUCUCCUUUUGAUGUUACAGACUUUCAGGUUUUUCAGGGGGAUGUAAUUAACUCUGCACAAGUCUUUGUCUAAAAUAAAUCAGCGGCAUAGAUGAUGAAUUUUAAAGAACUCGAAGUUGAUGAACUAAGUUUGGAAGUCUCGAGCAUUUUUUUACGAGUUCAAAUGCUACAGAGCAUUAUGGUGACUCUUAAAGCCAGGAAUCAGUAUAGUGACUUAUCCCUCACCUCCCAGAAUUCAAGCUGCCAACCAUAGGUGCAACAUUGUUCAAAAUUCUGCCAGAUUACGAUUUUUUUUUCACAAGUCUGUAACUUUAUAGUUUUCUUAGAUAUCUUAUAUGGCAAAUGUUAAGGCCCUUCCAACUCUUCAAUCAUGAGAUAGGAAAUCCAGCUGACCAAACUGUUAUAGCCAGAGUUCAAAAUGGCGAUAUCUUAUUGGUUCAGAGGCUGUAGUUUUGAUUCUUCCACCAGUAUCCCAUGAUCCAUCCUAGAGCCUGAGCUUGCCGAACCAAUCUUUUAUUCUGAUUCUUGGAAAUCAUGAUAGUUGGCAGUGGUUUCCUGUGUAUCGGGUCUAAUUUGACUCAAGCUAAUUGUGGGAUUUUAGGAUGCUGCCAUUGAAGCGACAGUCUUUCCUGUUAAUCUUGACUUCUGCCAUAUGGCAAUUGCAUAUUCAUAAUCAUGUGAAAGAUGUCCCAAGGCCUGAUCAUUCUCCAGAAGUCCAACCAGAUUAUCUGCUGUUGCGGUUGGUCUUCCUUUUUCUAUUCCCAUUCUUCUGCAAAUUGCUUGAUUGGAUCUGUCAUAUGCACCACAUUAUAAACCCAAGACUACUGUGUUCAUUUUAAAUGGAUAGUGCUAGAUAUUAUAAUGAUGCAUGAACGAAUACUCAGAAAUACUUAUUGCCCAUAAAUAAUCUAUGUUGACCGUCUUGAACGAACUUAUCCCUUUUGACAAUCUAUUUUAUAAAUAAUAAAUGCAAACUCGUGGUCAAUUAUGAUUCUCAGGGUGUUAAUUCAAUAAACAUAAGGGUAAUAUCAGAAAUCUUAAAAAGCUAUUGCUGUUCCUUCAUCUUGCAUAUUUUGUGACCAUUCCUGGACCUUUGACUCUGUUGCUUUUUUGAAUUCGUCUUUUUUUUUUUUUGGAAAUUUAAUUUUAAUUUUAAUUUUUUCCAUUUUUUCUUUGGCUGCUUUGAUUUCUCCCUCUUAGGAACUACUGUCAUUACCUUACUCCCUGGAAGUCGAUUACAAGAGGUCACACGCAUGCUUCCCAUUUUCUUAAACACUUUAGAGCUACUUAAAAGAUCAUUUCCUCAGUUAGCAAUAGUCGUUAUCACCGCACCAAAUGAUCAUGUCAAGGCGUACGUUGAUAAAGUCGUUGGGAGAUGGUCACUGCCAAUCAUAUUGGUUCCUGGGGCAUCACUUCGUGAAAAAUAUGCUGCAUUCAGUGUAAGUCAGUGUGAUUUCAUAGCAUUAUCCUACUGUAAUCUUAUAACAUAGAAGAGCUUCUUGGAGAAGUACUUGUGUUAUUGCCAUUACUGUCCAUUUCAUCUUGCCUUUGACCUUUCUAGGCCAGCACAGCUGCUCUAUGCACUUCCGGGACUGCUGUCAUGGAAUUGCAACUGGCAAGACUUCCAUGUGUUGUCGCGUACCGGGCGCAUAUUCUGACCGAGUUGUUAAUUAAACACAAGACGAAGUUAAAGUUUAUUUCUCUCUCCAACAUUCUCUUGGAAUCAGCUAUCAUCCCGGAAGUCCUUUUUCAGGCAUGCACACCGGAGAAUCUGGCUAUCGCUCUCAGGUAAGGUUCAUCGACAGCUGCUACUGAAGGAAGUUAAAUGAGCCUUUAAAAUGCGCCUUUGAGGGGGGGGGGAGUGGGGAUUAGAUUUAGAGUUCUUUGUGGCAAGUUAAGGGGUCGCCAAGUGGCAUGAGAAAGCAACUUUCUUUGUCAUCUUUUUUUAAAUAACGUGCUACCUUAGAGUUAAUAUCCUUGUACAUAAAGCAAGAAAGCAUUGCUUUUGUUUGCGUUCCUUCAUUAGUUCAAAGCACUGAGAGUGAGUAUCCACCUUGUUCGUUUGUCCUUGCAGGAGAGUAAUAUGUGAUCCCAGCGUCCGUGAGCAGCAGAUAAUCAAUGCAGAAAAGGUGUUCAAAAUGAUUUCUCCUCCUGAAAGGAUCACAGCAGACUUUGUGCCGUCAGAUUUGGGGUCAGGUUUUGUUCCUCACUGUGCAAGUAUGAAUGCUGCAGCGGUUAUAUUGUACUCUGUACGAAAACCAUUGCCCAACACAGGUAACCGAAGUAUCAAUGCUCUCCCUGAAUUCAUUGGAACAACAAAGAACAGUCAGAUGCUUUGA